UACAGAUCACCAACAAAUAAUCGCCUUCUGGCUCGAAAAGAAGUUCCAGAACUAGGAUCAGACAUUUUGAUUAUAUUUCUAAGAGAGAUAUAUUACAUGAAGUCUUCUAAUCUAAAGUGAACGAAACUGCUGUACUCACUAACUUCCAACUCAAGAAUCAAAUCAAAAUUAAUUACUCAAUAGGAAAAUGAAUAUUGUGAAAUGAGAACAAACGAAAAGUCGAGAACAUGCUCCUAUGAUGGCUAAAAAAGUUUUGAUUGAUGAUAUUGGACAGUAUCACGAUCAAGGCUCGAUUCUUAAACAAAUAAAAUAUGAUACAACUAAGGUAUUACAAGAAAUCCGAAAUUCGGCUUGUUUGCCGCAAGAUAGCGAUUCAACUUAUGAAAUACCGAACGAUGAUUUAGAUGUACUUUCUCGAGUUUGCGAAACAUCGCCCACAAUAGUUGUAUUCGGUCAGAGUUUAUAUGCAAAAGUUGUCGUUGUUAAUGAACUACUUGGUCAGGCAGUCCUUCCGUAUGAGUUUGAGAAUGCUGACUUAGAAUCAUGGCGAACUGUUCGUCUUAAGUAUGGUAUUUAUGGGGUGAGUGUAGUUUUGCCAGAUAGCUAUGUCCUGCCUUCCAAACUUUGCUCUUUGGAACGCGAGGGUCAUUUUGUUUCAAAAGAUGAUUUAGUGUUAAAGGAAAAUGAAAAGUCAGAUCCAACAUCGGCAUUAUCAGUAGCUGAGGUUACUUUGCCUCACCCAAUUUUAAAAGCUGGAGCUCAAAUUAUCUGCACAUCGUCAAAUAUUGACUCGUAUAUUCAACAUCUUGAUGAGCAAGUUAAGCGAUACAAUGAAAAAGCCAUAACAGUUCUGAUAUAUGCAAUAGAGCACAAAGAGUUGAGUGAACAGGAUUGUUGUCAACUGUCACGUGUACAGACAAUGGAUCCUGAAUGUAGUAUUUUCUUUGCAAAAUGCAACAGGAAGACUCAAGAUUCAAUAGAAUCUGACAGAGAGUUAAUGUCAGAUGCACUAAAUAGCUGUGAAAAUGAUAAAAUACUUCAGCAGCUGUCUACUAUAGGAUUUCUAUCAAUGGAGACUACGGAAAACUGUGCUGAAAAAGCAAAAGCAAGGGGAAUUUGCUAUGAAAAGUCAGAACUUUCUAGGCUAAAGCCAAAAAGUAGAUUCAUCAGUGAAAUCUCAAGAUUUUGUGAGUUCGAUUCGUACUUACAUGAUAUAUUGCAGUAUGAAUUACUAGUUGGUGCUUCCAUUCUCAAUAAACAUCAUAGUCGUAUCUUGGGCAUGUUCAUUGCAGCUGCGUAUGAUCUUCAACGUGAUAUGAUCAUUACUCCAAAAAGACUUGAAUAUGCAAAGAAAAAAGAAGAAGAAUUGUUUCUUGCCCUUAUGGACAGUGCUAGUAGAAAACAAGAGGAAAUAAAGUCUGAAAUCCACGAAACUAUCAUUUUUCUUACGCCAAAAUUAGUUCAGGAGGCUGAAAUCUUAGAGUUUGUUGGUGUUCAAUUGACAGAUGGUGGUGAACUUGUUAAUUCAAGCGAUCUCACGAAGUGUACUCAUCAAAUUCAAGAUCUUCUGCUAAGACAAUUGAAUAGAUCACUUGCCCAAAAACUAAUUAGUUCAGUUCGCUGUUUAAAAGAGAGCUUUCUUGGUACAUUACAAAGAUGCAUUGAAAGCCUAGAAAGUUAUGACAAAGAAGAGAAGAGUAAGGAAGAGAAUAGUCAUGCAGUUAGAGCUUUCAAACAGAUUCUGGAUUCUGCUUAUCAAAUGGAAGCCACUGCAAGGUCGGUUAACAUUGCUCAAUUUCUGUUUGAAAAAAUUCAGCAAGCACUCACGCAUCUUCCAAGAAAGACACCAAUGAAAGUAGAUGUGGAAUGGAAGAAGAAGGUUUCUUUAGACAUACUAGCCAAACUAAGUGAAUCAAAACUCGCCAAGUCUGUAUGUUCACAAUUCAAACAACGAUUAAAGAAUUCCCAUGAUGCAUUCUUGACAUCUAUGAAGACAAUCUCAGUUUAUCACAGCGGUAGAUUGGAGAAAACGGAAGCCCAAAGUUUGAAGGUACGCAAGAUGUACGCACCGAAGGUUGCUCGACUCGUCUUGGAGAGUACGUCUUUGCGAGAUUUGAUUCUUUAUGGUAUGCCAUUAAUGGGCCGUGAAAUUGGCCGUGGUCAAUAUGGCGUUGUUUACCUCUGUGAUAAAUGGGCUGGCGUUGGUCCAUGUGCAUUGAAAUCUGUUGUUCCUCCUGAUGAUAAACAUUGGAAUGAUCUUGCUAUGGAAUUCUGCUACACAAGAUCCUUGCCUGCGCAUGAUCGCAUAGUUGGUCUUCUUGGCUCUGUAAUCGACUAUUCCUAUGCAGGCGGAGGAUGUAGUCCUGCUGUGUUGUUAGUUAUGAACAGACUAACGCGAGAUCUACAUCAUGGCUUAAAGAAUGGUUUACAUUUUUCUGUACGACUUCAAAUAGCUUUAGAUGUUAUCCAAGGGAUUCGUUUUCUUCAUAGUCAAGGAUUAAUACAUCGAGAUAUAAAACUGAAGAAUGUGCUUCUUGACAUCGAUAAUCGAGCCAAGUUAACGGAUCUUGGAUUUUGUAAACCAGAAGCGAUGAUGUCAGGCUCAAUAGUUGGAACUCCCAUACACAUGGCCCCGGAGUUAUUCUCUGGAAAGUACGAUGGCAGCGUAGAUGUAUACGCAUUUGGUAUAUUGUUUUGGUAUAUUUGCUCUGGUCAAGUUCGUCUUCCGCUAAACUUCGAACAAUGUGCUAGUAAAGAUCACCUAUGGUCGUGUGUCAAGAAAGGAACUCGGCCUGAACGACUUCAUCAAUUCAGCAACGACUGUUGGCAAGUCAUGGAAACAUGUUGGCAUGGUAUUCCUGAAGAAAGGCCUUUGCCGGGCAGUAUUGAAAUAACUCUUCAAAGAAUUAUGAAGCGAACUGAAAAACAAAUAAAUGUCCAAUGUUGAAUAGAUUAUGCUAAGGAAAGUCGAUUAUUGAACACGUUAGAACUUACGUACGUAGUGUAUAAGCCUGUGUUGUACAGAAUCUUGUCUUGUUAAUCAACAUAUUGUCUAUUUAUAAUGUAAUUGUACUUUACAUAGCCUGCUAAUUUACAAGUAAAUGUGGUUUAAAUAAAAUGGUACUUCACUCUA